AUGCGCAAGUGGCGCGAGUGCGGCUCUUGCAACUGCAUGACGGAGUGGAACUACGAUGGCGAUGCCCACGGGGUUAAUGAGUCGUACAAGGGCUGCAGCGCCACAGCGGACUGGAACCAGAGCUGGUGCUACGUACAGGGCGGUUCCAAUUGCAACCAAGCCCUGAACUCCACCGUGGCCGGUGAGACGCGCAAGUGGCGCGAAUGCGGCUCCUGCAACUGCAUGACGGAGUGGAACUACGACGGCGAUGGCGACGGGGUUAUGGAGUCGUACGAGGGCUGCAGCGCCACAGCGGACUGGGACCAGAGCUGGUGCUACGUACAGGGCGGUUCCAAAUGCAACCAGGCCCUGAACUCCACCGUGGCCGGCGAGACGCGCAAGUGGCGCGAGUGCGGCUCCUGCAACUGCAUGACGGAGUGGAACUACGAUGGCGAUGCCGACGGGGUUAUGGAGUCGUACGAGGGCUGCAGCGCCACGGCGGACUGGGACCAGAGACUGGUGCUACGCCCUGGAUCACCACACGUGGCAAUUGUUGCGAAGAGCGACAAGUGGCGCGAGUGCGGCUCCUGCAAUUGCAUGACGGAGUGGAACUACGAUGGCGAUGCCGACGGGGUUAUGGAGUCGUACGAGGGCUGCAGCGCCACGGCCGACUGGGACCAGAGUUGGUGCUACGUGCAGGGCGGUUCCAAUUGCAACCAGUACCUGAACUCCACCGUGGCCGGCGAGAAUCGCAAGUGGCGCGAGUGCGGCUCCUGCAACUGCAUGACGGAGUGGAACUACGAUGGCGAUGCCGACGGGGUUAUGGAGUCGUACGAGGGCUGCAGCGCCACGGCGGACUGGGACCAGAGCUGGUGCUACGUGCAGGGCGGUUCCAAUUGCAACCAGUACCUGAACUCCACCGUGGUCGGCGAGACGCGCAAGUGGCGCGAGUGCGGCUCCUGCAACUGCAUGACGGAGUGGAACUACGAUGGCGACGCCGACGGGGUUAUGGAAGCGUACGAGGGCUGCAGCGCCACGGCCGACUGGAACCAGAGUUGGUGCUACGUCCAGGGCGGUUCCAACUGCAACCAGGCCCUGGACUCCACCGUGGCCGGCGAGACGCGCAAGUGGCGCGAGUGCGGCUCCUGCAAUUGCAUGACGGAGUGGAACUACGAUGGCGAUGCCGACGGGGUUAUGGAGUCGUACGGUAGGCGCCAGCGCCACGGCCGGACUGGGACCGAGCUUGGUGCCUACGUGGCAGGGCCGAGCUCCAAUUGCAACCAGUACCUGAAUUCCACCGUGGCCGGCGAGACGCGUAAGUGGCGCGAGUGCGGCUCCUGCAACUGCAUGACGGAGUGGAACUACGAUGGCGAUGCCGACGGGGUUAUGGAGUCCUACGAGGGCUGCAGCGCCACGGCGGACUGGGACCAGAGCUGGUGCUACGUGCAAGGCGGUUCCAACUGCAACCAGGCCCUGGACUCCACCGUGGCUGGCGAGACGCGAAAGUGGCGCGAGUGCGGCUCCUGCAACUGCAUGACGGAGUGGAAAUACGAUGGCGAUGCCGACGGGGUUAUGGAGUCGUACGAGGGCUGCAGCGCCACGGCCGACUGGGACCAGAGUUGGUGCUACGUGCAGGGCGGUUCCAAUUGCAACCAGUACCUGAACUCCACCGUGGCCGGCGAGACGCGCAAGUGGCGCGAGUGCGGCUCCUGCAACUGCAUGACGGAGUGGAACUACGACGGCGAUGGCGACGGGGUUAUGGAGUCGUACGAGGGUUGCAGCGCCACGGCCGACUGGGACCAGAGCUGGUGCUACGUGCAGGGCGGCUCCAAUUGCAACCAGUACCUGAACUCCACCGUGGCCGGGUCGUAA